AGGAGCCUGAGGAAUCUCAUUGUAACUCUGGGAACUGAAAGGCAGACAUUGUAUAAGUGGAAUGAAAGGCUUGAAAGAGAAGUACAAGGUAUAAAUGGAACCAGUAACAGGCAGACCAAACAUACUCUGAAGGUCAUGGAAGGCUUCUCUGUCGAGGUGACAUUUAAGCUGUGUCCUGGAGAAUGGGUUUUAAAGAAGCUAGAGUGCCAGAGAAGACUUUUGAAGUGUGAAGAGAUUUCCUGUAAUUGAAACCAACAUGUCAUUUAUAGAUCCUUAUCAGCACAUUAUAGUGGAGCACCAGUAUUCCCACAAGUUCACAGUAGUGGUGUUAGGUGCCACGAAAGUGACAAAGGGGGCCUUUGGUGACAUGCUUGACACUCCAGACCCCUAUGUGGAACUUUUCAUCUCCUCAACCCCUGACAGCAGGAAGAGAACAAAACACUUCAAUAAUGACAUAAACCCUGUGUGGAAUGAGACCUUUGAAUUUAUUUUGGAUCCUAAUCAGGACAAUGUUUUGGAGAUCACGUUGAUGGAUGCCAAUUACGUCAUGGAUGAAACGCUCGGGACAGCAGUAUUUCCCAUAUCUUCUAUGAAAGUGGGAGAGAAGAAAGAGGUUCCUUUUACUUUCAACGAAGUCACUGAAAUGAUUCUGGAAAUGUCUCUUGAAGUUUGUUCAUCCCCAGACCUCCGAUUUAGUAUGGCUCUGUGUGAUCAGGAGAAAGUCUUCCGACAACAGAGAAAAGAAAACAUAAAGGAAAACAUGAAGAAACUCCUGGGUCCAAAGAAUAGUGAAGGCUUGUAUUCUACACGUGAUGUGCCUGUGGUGGCCAUACUGGGCUCAGGCGGGGGGUUCCGAGCCAUGGUAGGAUUCUCCGGUGUGAUGAAGGCACUGUAUGAAUCAGGCGUUUUAGAUUGCGCUACCUACAUUGCUGGUCUUUCUGGAUCUACGUGGUACAUGUCAACUUUAUAUUCUCACCCUGAUUUUCCAGAGAAAGGGCCAGAGGAGAUUAACGAAGAGCUAAUGAAAAGUGUUAGCCACAACCCUCUUUUACUUCUCACACCACAGAAAAUUAAAAGAUACGUUGAGUCUUUAUGGAAGAAGAAAAGCUCUGGACAACCUGUCACCUUUACUGAUAUCUUUGGGAUGUUAAUAGGAGAAACACUAAUUCACAAUAGAAUGAACACUACCUUGAGUAGUUUGAAGGAAAAAGUCAAUACUGGACAGUGCCCUUUGCCUCUUUUCACCUGUCUCCACGUCAAACCCGAUGUCUCAGAGCUGAUGUUUGCAGAUUGGGUUGAAUUUAGUCCAUAUGAGAUUGGCAUGGCUAAAUAUGGUACUUUUAUGGCUCCUGACUUAUUUGGAAGUAAAUUUUUUAUGGGAACAGUUGUAAAGAAAUAUGAAGAAAACCCCUUGCAUUUCUUAAUGGGUGUCUGGGGGAGUGCCUUUUCUAUAUUGUUCAACAGAGUGUUGGGAGUUUCUGGCUCACAAAGUAAAGGUUCCACAAUGGAAGAAGAACUAGAAAAUAUUACAGCAAAGCAUAUUGUGAGUAAUGAUAGCUCGGAUAGUGAUGAUGAAUCACAAGAACCCAAAGGCACUGAAAAUGAAGAAGCAGAAAGAGAAUAUCAAAAUGAUAAUCAAGCAAGUUGGGUCCAACGUAUGAUAAUGGCCUUGGUGAGUGACUCAGCUUUGUUUAAUACCAGAGAAGGACGAGCUGGGAAGGUGCACAACUUCAUGCUGGGCUUGAAUCUCAAUACAUCCUAUCCGAUGUCUCCUUUGAGAAACUUUACCACCCAGGAGUCCUUGGAGGAAGAUGAAUUGGAUGCAGCUGUAGCAGAUCCUGAUGAAUUUGAGCAGAUAUAUGAGCCUCUGGAUGUCAAAAGGAAAAAGAUUCAUGUGGUGGACAGUGGCCUCACAUUUAACCUGCCAUACCCCUUGAUCCUGAGACCUCAAAGAGGAGUUGAUCUCAUCAUCUCCUUUGACUUUUCUGCAAGGCCAAGUGACUCCAGUCCUCCGUUCAAGGAACUUCUACUUGCAGAAAAGUGGGCUAAAAUGAAUAAGCUCCCCUUUCCAAAGAUCGAUCCUUAUGUGUUUGAUCGAGAAGGACUGAAGGAAUGCUAUGUCUUUAAACCCAAGAAUCCUGAUGUCGAGAAAGAUUGCCCAACUAUCAUCCACUUUGUUCUGGCCAACAUCAACUUCAGAAAGUACAAGGCUCCAGGUGUUCCAAGAGAAACUCAGGAAGAGAAAGAAAUAGCUGAUUUUGAUAUUUUUGAUGACCCUGAAUCACCGUUUUCCACCUUCAACUUUCAAUACCCAAAUCAAGCAUUCAAAAGGCUGCAUGAUCUGAUGUACUUCAAUACCCUGAACAACAUCAAUGUAAUAAAGAAUGCCAUAGUUGAAAGCAUUGAAUAUAGAAGACAGAAUCCAUCUCGUUGCUCUGUUUCCCUCAGUAGUGUUGAGGCAAGAAGAUUCUUCAACAAGGAGUUUCUAAGCAAACCCACAGCAUAGUUUGUGUACUGGAAAGCGUAGCAAUUUCUGAUGCGGAGGCAGUCUGAAAUUCCAUGACAACUGGAUUUAAAAGCACAGGACAGAUAUUAGCACUGGUCUCAAGAGACUGGUUAAUACUCAAAGUUGCAGUUAUUUAGCUGCAUGAGAAUAAUACCCUUAAAUGUUUGUUAGAUUGACAGAUGAUGUCAAUUGCGUAAAAAUAUACUUAGCUACAUUUUCUAUCAGUAUGAAUUUCCUGAUGCAAAUGUAGGGACAUAUGCUGUAUUUUUAGACAUUCCUCACCAACUAUCUUAUGUGUUCCCUUUUUAAAAAUGUGGUUUCUUUUCUAGACUAUUUAACAGUUUAGUCUCAAUAUGUAAUUCUUUGUAUUGUGUGUGAAUGUAAGUCACUGACUGGAUUUAUUUGUGCCAUGAGACAACACUUUUUAAUUUAUAUAUGCAUAGAUACAUAUAUGAAAUAAAUACAUCUAUAUACAAA